AUGAGGCUUACUGUUGGUGGUAUGGUUGAAGUUGAUGAUGAUAUCAAAGCUUUUGCAGAUUGGUUAAUUCAAAUUGGGAAUGGAUUGGCAGGUGAUUCAACAGAUGGUGAGUCAGAAGUAGUCAUCCCUAAAGACAUACUUAUUGAUGAUACUGAUGAUGGGUUUCAGAAUUUGGUUACAUUUGUCUACACAGGGUUAUUGAUGAACUUGGAUAACAUUAAUUAUUUCAAGGAGCGUACGAUUUUGGCACCCACUCUUGAAGUUGUCCAUGAGGUCAAUAACACAAUUAUGGAAUUUAUUAAUAGUGAUGAAAAAGUUUAUCUUAGUUCAGACUCAUUAUGUGCUGAAGAGGGCAACAUGGAAUACGAGUUGGAUGCUAUUACAACUGAUGUUCUAAAUUCGAUAAAUUGCUCAGGUUUGCCCAACCAUCAGUUGAAACUCAAAAUUGGUGUACCUGUGAUGCUUCUAAGGAAUAUAGACCAAAGCAAUGGACUUUGCAAUGGUACUCGAUUACAGGUUCGUAGACUUGGAAAUCAUGUAAUUGAAUGCAACAUCUUGACGGGAGACAAGUGUGGUGAAGUAGUUCUCAUUCCACGCAUGAAUAUGGCUCCGAAUAAUGAAACUCUACCUUUCAGGUUUCAACGUAGACAAUUUCCUUUGGUAGUCUCUUUUGCAAUGACCAUAAAUAAAUCUCAAGAUCAAACUUUGAGCAAAGUUGGUUUAUACUUACCUAGACCUGUUUUUACACACGGACAAUUAUAUGUUGCGUUGUCUAGGGUGAAGUCUAGAGAGGGUUUGAGAGUUUUGAUAAAGAAUAAUGGAUCACUAAGUGAUGAUUCUACCUUAAAUGUUGUGUAUAGGGAAGUUUUUCAGAAUCUCUAA